AUGGCAGCACCACCAACCACACCAUCUCCCAACUACAUGGGAAUCCCUGUCGAAAUUCGCAGACAGACUUUUGGGCUACUCUUGAAAAACGAGCUGUUGGGCAAGCAUCACGAGUCUGGAAUAGAUGGUUAUGGCUCUGCUAAAUACGGCUUAUCUGCUCAGGUGUUGCGAGUUAAUAGGCAACUUUAUGAAGAGGCUAGCACGGUAUUAUACAACGAGAACAUCUUCUAUUUUAGCUUCUUCAACAAUUGGUGCGAGACUGGUAGACUCAUACAUAAAGGGGAGAUCGACCACAGGGGAUUUCCAGUUUGGAAUUGGGAGGAAAUUGAGAUGAAUGGAACGAGCCCCCUAAUUAGAUACCAGUAUGAGCGUAAUGUACCACUUUGGAGCCUCCCACAGAUGAAGAACGUCAAGCGCUGGAGAAUCCUCGUCUUUACGGCGAUGGGCUCCCAUCCUAAACUCCUGUAUUCUUCUACGCUGAACUUUUCAACACGUCUCGAUCUGCAAAAUGGAAGUCAAUCAUUGAAGGAAUUUGCGCGAGCAAUAUGCCGCAACGGAGUCCAAGAUCUAGACAUCUUGGUGGUGAAUGACGAACGGCAAGAAAAUUAUGUUGAGUCGGAGGAGGAUCUAGGUGGAUGGGUACUAGAUGAAGACCCUAUGGCAAAUUAUUAUAUGCCGAUGGGAAAGCCGUUAGAAGUUGUUCUUCAACCCCUGACAAUGAUCCGCAACGUCCAGCAUUGUCGCAUUCGCAAUCCAACUCCGGACGAUUUCGAAGGCCGGCGACCAAAAAUGAAUCUAAGCACUCACGACGAAAAGCUUCUUGGAUCUCAUUUGGGGCUCACCAAGGAAACAUGCGAUACUAUGAAAAGUCAGACCAAGAUCGAACAUGCCUUUGAAAUGUGGGAAUGGCUUCUGGAAUACGCGCAAAGCUUCGAAAGCCGGCACCUAUUUUACGAAGUGUCUGUUCCAACAUAUGAAUGUAACGAUCCGAUCGAGACCGUCUAUUCGGAUGACUUCGAACGAGACAAGAUUAAGAACAAGUGGCUCGAAGUCAUGAAAGAUCAUCCCGUGGAGCAGGCAAUGAAGCGAGCCAAUAUGGCGUCCUACGAGGAUGACCUUGCAUCUUUCAAAAGGCAACGCUCUCGUGUGGUUCAUUUCCUCGAGGACCAGUAUCAGCGAGAGGUCAAGACUUGGACCAAGCUAUGUCAAUUUAUACAAGGCUACGACCUAAAUGCUCAUACUUUCUUCGAGGAAUACCCUGAUGAUGCCUACCAACGCCGCACGCCUGGCUUCAAACCAGAUGAUCACUUUUGGUCGUUGGAAGAACGUAACGACUGCGCUCCGGAGAUUGCAAUCACAUAUCUUAGAGACUGUGUAGAUGCGUUCAAACGUGAUAUGUCAUCGGAGCUCAAGAAUACAAUCAGGUUGCAUGAGUAUUCUCUGAAAAAGAAAAACAAGUCCGAUGAUGAGCAAACCACGGCGAAGAAAAGGCAAUCCCUCGAAUGCAAACGAACUAGGUUGAUGGAAAGCUUGACCCGUGCUUACGAUGAUUUCGAUGUUGCAGCACUUCGCUCAAAUUUUAAAGAGGUGGUUGAUGGUCUCGAGGAAGAGUUUCGCCGGGUUAGAAGGGCCAGAAAAGCGUUGUUGACUAGUGAUGUCUUGGAUAAGCCAGAGGUGGAUCUUGGUGAGGACGAGGACGAAGUCGACGACCGUAUCGAUUGGGACGCUACUGGAUGGAACACUGAGUCGAAGACUGUACUUGCCUGGGCUUAUUGGGAUUUUCCUGACUACUACCAUACUGAAGAUGGAUGGAAAAAGAAAGAAAAGGUAGACCAAAAGGUAGACGAAGGUGUAGACAUCGAGCCAUAUUGGUGGAAUGGUCUUUAA